AUGCUUCGUGCUGUUCACUUGCAGGCGUUCAAGAGCUUCUCACGUCGCGCACAGCAGAGUGUUUGUCAUGAUGUUGUGUGUUUUGAUAUUCAGAAACGUGGGGUUUUGUUUCAUCCGUCCGCGUUUCGUUCGUUUUCGACUGCAUUCCCCAAAGCGUCAGAGGAAGACACGUCCGUUUCUGUGUCGAUCGUGGACGACGUUGUAACUGACGAGGAAGAAGAAGAAGGGGACGGUAUUGGACGUAAAUUAAAGCCCCGAGAGGUUGUCGAGCAGCUUAACAAGUACAUUGUCGGUCAAGCUGAUGCCAAACGCGCUGUAGCCAUCGCGCUACGCAAUCGUUGGCGUCGUCAGAAGAUUUCGGACGAAAUGCGUCAAGAAGUGAGCCCCAAGAACAUUUUAAUGAUUGGUCCUACAGGAUGUGGCAAGACGGAAAUUGCUCGACGUCUAGCUAAGUUGUCUGAGGCUCCAUUUGUCAAGGUGGAAGCUACCAAGUUUACGGAAGUGGGCUUCCAUGGCCGUGACGUGGACCAAAUUAUCCGUGAUCUGGUGGAGAAUGCCAUUAAUAUGGUCAAAAAGACUCGGAAGGAGCGAAUGCGCAAGCAGGUACAACAUUUUGUGGAGAACCGCAUCUUGGAUGUACUUACGGGUACGAACGUGACGGAGCGCUCGCGUACGACGUUUGAGCGGCUGCUACAUGCUGGAGAAUUGGAAGAUCGCAUUAUUGAAUUUGAUGUGCCUGCUGCCAAGAAUCCCAGUGGUCAGCCUAUUUCUAUUGUCGGUGGGGAAGGAAAGGGAAUCUCGAUGGAAGUCUUUGGCAGAGCUUUUGGGGAGAAGAAGACGGAACGAAAACGCAUGACGAUUGCUGAGUCACGUGGUGUCUUUGAAGACAUGGAGAUGGAAAAUGCCAUUGACAUGACGGACGUUGUGCGUGAAGCUAUUCACGAGACUGAGGAGAAUGGCAUUGUUUUCAUUGAUGAGAUUGAUAAGAUCUGCUCCAGCGGAGACAUUCGCCGCUCUUCGGACCCCAGCAGCGAGGGUGUACAGCGCGACCUGCUGCCUUUGAUUGAAGGCAGCGUCAUUUCCACGAAGCACGGCAACGUCAACACGGACCAUAUUCUGUUCGUUGGGUCUGGCGCUUUCCACUCGUCGAAGCCGUCGGAUUUGCUUGCUGAACUGCAGGGUCGUCUGCCGAUUCGUGUUGAGCUGAAGGGACUGACUGAGGAAGAUCUGCACCGUAUCCUGACGGAGCCUAUAACGAACCUCAUCAAACAGCAGACUGAGCUAAUAAAGACGGAGGGUGUUACUUUGAACUUUACGGAAGAUGCUGUCCGGGAGAUUGCUCAUGUCGCUGCAGAAGUUAAUCUGACCGUGGAGAAUAUUGGUGCCCGACGACUGCACACGGUGGUGGAGAAGGUAGUGGAGGACAUCAGCUUCGACAGUUCCGAGAUGGCUCCCGGAUCCACCGUUACUAUUACGAAGGAAUUUGUGCUUGAGCGCGUGGGCAAGCUCAUGAAGAAGACGGACCUCUCCAAGUUCAUUUUGUAG